GGGGUGGAGAACUUGAUCUGGGAACACUGCACUGGGAUGUUUUGACAGACAAGAGUGAGGAUGAUGCAGGCUGAGGACGCCAGGUACCUGAAAAAGAAGGUGAAGGUUGGUUCACUGGAUGUACACCCGACAGAGAAGGCACUAGUGGUUAACUAUGAACUCGAAGCCACCAUACUUGGUCAGCUGGGGGAUGCCAUGCUUGGAGACAAAAAGGAAUGCCAAAAAAUCAUUCGGUUAAAAAGCUUGGACAACAACACUGAUGUUUCAGCAUUGGCAAGAGAAGUGGUAGAUAAGUGUAAACUUAUUCAUCCUUCCAAACUAAAUGAAGUGCAACACCUCAUCAGUUACCUUCUCUCAAGGAAAGAUGCUGGAAAAGAUGGGCAGGUAUCCCUAGACCACCCAGCUGCAGGAAUCUCCAAUGGCAUGUCUGAACCAGCUAAUUUAAAUGAGUUGGACUCAUAUAUGGAGAUGUUGUAUGAAGAUAUUCCUGAGAAAGUACGAGGGGCAUCGCUCAUCCUACAGCUUGCAAGAAAUCCUGAUUAUCUGGAAGAACUAUGUCAAAAUGAAACAGUUCUUGGAGCGCUAGCACGGGUUUUGCGUGAAGACUGGAAAAAGAGUCUCGAUCUCAGCUACAACAUUGUGUACACAUUCUUCUGUUUCUCUGUCUUCUCAAACUUCCACACUGUCAUAUCUCAUUUCAAGAUUGGGUCGCUGUGUAUGGACAUUGUUGAUGGAGAACUGCAGCGAACUGACCAAUACCGAGAACAACUUACCAAGAGGAAAAAAGGUGGAGAUAUGGCCAUUGACCCAGCUAAGCUUCAGCAGGACUAUGAGCGCAACCUAAAGAAAUAUCAGACUGUUGUAGAGAAGCAAGACCAGAAUUUGGUUCCCUACACCUGUUUAUUCUUUGUUGAUCAGGUAUUACGGGUGUGCACAUACCUUCUGUUGAAUAUUGCGGAAGACGUCCGUGUAGAGGAAAAAAUGCGGAGGAAAAACAUUGUGGGUCUCCUGGUUCGUAUGCUUGAGCGCGAAUCAACGGAUCUGCUUCUUCUGGUGGUGUCCUUCCUCAAAAAACUUUCCGUGUACAUGGAGAACAAGGAUGACAUGGCUGAUCUGAACAUUGUCGAGAAGGUGAGUCGUCUAGUGGCCACAGAUAACAGUGACCUCCUGAAUGUCACUGUACGGCUGCUCCUAAACUUGUCAUUUGAUGCUGGUAUGCGUGCCAAGAUGAUCAAAGUAGGCCUCCUUCCCAAACUGGUUGCCCUAAUAUCGGAAGAACGUCAUCAACAAGCAGUUUUAGCAGUCCUGUACCACCUGAGUGUUGAUGACAAAUGCAAGUCCAUGUUUACCUACACUGAUUGUAUUCCAACAGUAAUGAAAUUGGUGCUGAGUUCACCAGGGCCUCAAGUCCCCCUGGAGCUGAUGUCUCUGGCAGUAAACCUGGCAGCUAAUAAGCGUAAUGCCCAGCUCAUCUGUGAAGGAGCUGGACUCAAGUUGUUACUGAAAAGGGCACUUAAAUACAGGGAUCCCUUACUCACCAAGAUGAUUAGAAACAUUGCCCAGCACGAAGGACCAACCAGAGCUCUAUUUACUGAGUUUGUUGGGGAGCUGUGUGAAGUAGUGAGCAGUGGCAAAAGUGAUGAAUUAGUGUUAGAGUGCGUUGGUGUCUUGGGUAAUCUUUCUUUGCCUGAUUUGGACUAUUGCCAGCUGCUCACCAAAUAUAACCUUAUUGACUGGAUCAAGGAGAGUCUUCAACCAGAAGCAGUUGAGGAUGAUCUGGCCCUUGAGGUGGUUGUACUACUAGGAACAGUGGCAGGAGACCAAGCUGCUGCAGAGCUUAUUGUUGACUCUGGCAUACUCCACUCUCUGGUUAAUCUUCUUAAUGCUAAACAAGAGGAUGAUGAAGUCGUCCUGCAGAUAGUGUAUGUCUUUUACCAAUUAACUCGACAUGAGGUAACACGACCUCAGGUCAUAUCCACUACUGAAGUUCCAGCCUAUCUCAUUGAUCUCAUGCACGACAAGAACACAGAAAUCCGCAGAGUCUGUGAUACAACGCUUGAUAUUAUUGGGGAAAAUGAUGACGACUGGGCAGUAAGAAUACAGUGCCACAAGUUCAGAUGGUACAACAGUCAGUGGUUAGAUAUGGUGGAGGAAGCAGAAAACAUUGAUACCAUGGGUGGUGAAGAAAUGGCUGGAGGGGAAGGCCUCGGACAUUCUUACCUUCACCAUUCUGAUGUAUUGGAUCACCAAGGACUAUAUUCAGAUGGAUUAUCUUCCCCUGAAAGUGAGGAGUAUCCAGGCAUGAAUGGUCACAGUGAAGGUUCCCGUCCCUCAUCCAACUACACUAAUCGGUGGUCACAGCAUGAAAAGCUGAGUGAGAACACAAGUGACAUGACAGCCUCUGCACUAUUUAGGUAUGGCCAAGGAUACUUACGAGCUAAGUACUUUGAGCAAGAAAUACGAGACCUUGCAAGAUUUAGCGCUGACUUGGAGCAGUUUGCUGAUGAGCUCUUGAAGAAAGCUGGUGUUUAGGAGGCAGAGACUUGUUCUUCCUGUAAUGUACAUGAGAAGAACAGUGGCAAUCUAGUCAGACAUGCGUGAUACAGAGUUGGCUGAAACUGCUUGAAUCCCUUCAGGUUUGCAUGAAUUCUCAUUAGCUUUGUAUACAGGAUCAUUUGUUGAUAUUAUGCUGUUUAUUUAUUUUUUCAUUAGUACAAUAUAUGAUAACAUUUCCUUUGCACAAUGAGGAUUUUGUUUACAUGCAAGAAUCCAUAUAAAAAUUCAAGUGCCAUUAUAUUAUUGUAGCAUUUAACCAUGGAAAAUUAUCCAAAAUCAAUUAUUUCCUUAAAGUAAGACCCUUUUCUCCUGUGUGGAUAUUAUUUUCCAUGUGAUAAGGUGAACUAUUCACAAUUUGAAGGACCAAAGUUUAGGAUUAUGUUACAGGUGGGUGCAUUAAAUUUGAUUAUUUAAUUUGUUAAUGAAAUUUAACUCUAGCACCAGACAUCUUAUUUGUGUAAAUUUCAUAAUUUUAUGUUGCUUAUCUUAGUAGGGCAGCUUUAUUGUUAUAUAUAUAUAUAUAUAUAUAUAUAUAUAUAUAUAUAUAUAUAUAUAUAUAUAUAUAUAUAUAUAUAUAUAUAUAUAUAUAUAUAUAUAUAUAUAUAUAUAUAUAUAUAUAUAUAUAUAUAUAUAUAUAUAUAUGACACUGAAACAGGAGGGAAAUUUAAUUGGGCUGUAUUACAUGUCAUAACAGGUAAAGAAUAAGGUUGUUAUUUCAGUUGUUUGACCGAGUCAUCACUGUUACUUAAUUGUCUCUGUUGGCUUUUUUAGUUCAUUGUACUCAUCGGUAGAUGUACAGCAGUACCUUAGGGCCUAAAACAUCACAUAUAAUAAUGGACCCUCAGAACAGCCUCUAUUGUUAACCUUAGCCAUUUGAAAGUUUUAAUUUCUUUCUCCACCAAAUGAAAACAGUGGUCUUCCUCUUGAUUUUGUCUGUGAUUGGUGUACUGUACCUCUUGAUUCAUAUUCCACUCCUGGAAUUGGGAUAUUAGCCAGUGUUAACAUGGAUGCAAAGUGUUUAUGGACAGUAUCUGCAGUAUGUUUCUCAUUCUAGAGAGCCUUCAGUAUUUCCCUUAAUAUUUUUUCUAAGAUUGGGACCAUUUUUUUCUUUUCCAUUUAUUUUUACGGAUCUAAUUUACAUAGUGGUCACAGUUACUGAUCUACUGUACACAUUAUCUGCUCAUUUGUUGGAGGUUCAGUAUUUUUUCCAGAUGGUUAUUCAUUGAUUCAUUUCUCAGAUGUAUUUCCAUUUACUGUAUUUUCUUCCAUUAUUGGGUAGGGCACACUUUAUUUUGUCAUUUAUUGGGAUUUUUAACAAAGAAUAUAACUUAACACUGUUACCUGUUGGACCUUCAGAUUUAAUUUGUGAGAUAGCCUUUGUAAAGAGUUUAUUGGACACUGUCAGUAAUUUAUGAAAUGUUUUUGCACCUUUUCUGCUUCCCUCCAAAUCAGUGUCAAGUUAAGUUUUCAAAGUUUUACCUUGUAAGCUGCAUAACACCGUAUUUGUCAGCCUAAAUGUAUCAUUCAACAGUCUCACUAAGGUGAAUCAUGACAUUUGAAUUAAUUUAUAUUAGUUUGUUACCUCAAAUAUUGUUUCAGUAAUCUCACUUAUGCUCUGAAUAUGCUUACAUUUCACAAUAAUAUGUUUAAGUCCUAUGAUAUAAGUGCUUAUAGCUAGUCAUGGAAUAAAUUUUAUUGCUAUU